GCAGGCCUCUCUAAGUAGUAUGGACCUACUACCUUGCUGAGAAUCCUAACCUAGUCCGUUCCUAAAGAGUUCCUAAUAGAGUAAGAUAUAUAUGAAUUGAAGAUAGACAUUUUGGAUACUCCUAACUUAUCUGCAUAUUAUCCAUUUUCUCUUCGAUUCUCCUGUCUGCAUCGGAACGACCGCGUCAAAUGCUUCGCACUCGACUUCAGCGCCUUUGCUCGUCGAGUCAAAAUGCAACAUGGAAUGGACUACACAUGUCUGUGGCCGGAACACUAAGGCAAUAUGCAUCAACUGGUUUCGGCCUUCUCCCUCCGGCGAUAGACUCACUCGAAAGUCCAAGCGAUAUGAGCCGUGCCCGUCAGUGGAUUGAAGCGUUCCGGAAGGCCGGUAUCCCUCGGGAAGCGGUGAUUCUGACCUUUGCACGAAGCUCUGGACCUGGUGGACAGAAUGUUAAUAAGGUCAACACAAAGUGCACCGCAAGAUGCUCGGUACAUGCACCCUUCAUCCCCAGGUGGGCGAAGGAAGUUUUACGCCGAACUCCAGCCUACGUUGCAUCGACAGAUACGUUGCUAGUCACUUCUACUAAGUCCAGGUCUCAAGCUCAGAAUGUCCAAUCCUGUCUCCAAAAAUUGCAGUCACUAAUUCUUUCGGCGUCUCUAUUCGAUGUCAAAAACGAAACAUCUGAGGAACAGAAGACAAAGGUGGCAGCUUUCCAGAAAGCUGAGAAAGCCAGGCGCCGGCAAGAUAAGGAACAUCGCUCACAGAAAAAACAACUACGAAAAGUAAACUGGGAGUGAUACACCCUAAUUUACUCGCCGGCCUCCCCUGUGGAGAUGGUCAAAAGUUUAAAUCUUAUUCUUGGAGACUGUCGACGUGGAAGCAGUCGAGGAAGGAUCUAUGGAGCUAUGCUUCCCGAAGAGCGCCACAGUCCUCGUUGGACGGUUUAUUUCUAUGGAAUUCCGGGGAUAACAUACUGGCGUGAUGCUUCACUGGAACCACCUUGGAACUCUGGGCCUGAAUGGAAUUCAGGGACCGCCUCCAUGCAAGGUUCCGAAUACUGUUAUUGUCACCUUUAAAUAUAUGGUGCCGUGCGGCUUCACUGCAUGGCCUACAGUGGAUUCUUGAUCGUAAUACAAAU